GUCUCUUUUAAUUCAUUGUUUGGCUCCGUUCGUUCGCUCUCAACUUUCCGUUCAACGUAUUGGUGAAAUGGCUAAAGUCGGAUUUUGUCUUACCUUUGUUUUGUUCAUUGUUGCUGAACUCACUUCUGCUGCUGAACCGCCGGCGCCUGCGCCUGCGCCGUCACUCGGUGCAGACUUACCGCAACUCGCUCCUACUCCGGUGACUGGAUCUCCCGACUCCGCGCCAUAUAUCUCACCGGUAAUGGAUGCUUCGCCACCGGCACCAAUGGGGCCAUCUCCAUCAGAUCUGGCGCCAGGAAACUCGCCCGCGAGUUCUCCCGCUCCUUCACCGGUCGAUGCCAGCGAUAUCAACCACAGCGACAUCAAUGCAGAAGGAAGCGAAGAGAAGAGCCGCGGCGAUGGAAGAAUGAGCGGCGGAAAAAAGGCGGGAAUCGUGUUUGGCGUAGUGGCGGCAGCGUGUUUGGUUGGCUUCGGUGGAUUGGUUUACAAGAAGAGACAAGAGAAUAUCAGGAGAUCUCAGUACGGAUACGCCGUCAGGAGUGAAUUUCUGUGAAGAAGAUGAUGAACAGUACAAAGGUUUAUCAUUCAAAUGUAUUACUAGCAUUUGAUUUUGAUUUGAUAUUUAUUUUUUAUUCUUUAUAAAGAGAUUUAAACUAUUUUUGUAUGAGAUUAAAGAUUAUCGUAGCAGAAAUUUUCAGUGAGUCCCGUACUGUUGUAUUUCCAUUACAA